AUCUAAUUGGGUUUGCAUUUUACACUUUGAAUAAAAGUUAAAAAGGUGUUAUUUUUUUAUUUACAUAUUAAGGUUAUGAUACUCCCAAAAUAAUUCCACUGAAAUCUGCAGAUUUUUAACAAAAUUCUCUGCAGAAAUAGCAAAAAACAUCCGCAGAUUCCGUCUGGCCCUACACAUGGCUCAUUACAUUUUUUGUAUUAAGUUUGGAAUGUCAGGCAGCUUCCAGCAAUAGAGUCAAUGGAGCGGGUUAGAUCGUUUACCACAUCCAAAACACACUCCCAUCCAUGCCCCCCUUUCAGUGUUGGCAUGGUCUAAAUGUGCUGUGUCUCUAAAUGUAGAGGAACUGAAAGAAAACUAGGGAGUGACCCAUUGAAUAUGAAGCACUUCGUAAUGACCUGACGAGAAGGCGUUGCCUGAACUACAUAUAAAAACAACGCAAACUAAAGUUAGGUGACUGUUACACAUAAAAAGAACGCAAACAUUUGCAUUCAGUCAUUUAGCAGAUGCUUUUGUCCAAAGUGACUUACAAUUGAGGAGCGAUUCAACAAGAACAGGUAUAAGGAUCAUUAAAAAAUUGUGAAAGAGCAGAAGAAUGGCUGAAGCGGAAGGUUGUGCUGACUGGAUGUCCAAAUUGAGCGAGACAUUCACAACAGGCCCCUUGAGCCAAAUUGCUAUUCCAGGUAGCCACGAUGCUAUGGCCUACAGCUUAGACAUGGACUCUCCAGUCCUGGAACCUGACAGUCUCAAACCUAUGGACAACAUGUUCAGUGCGUUCUUAAGGCCCAUUGUCAAGAAAUGGAGCAUCACUCAGGAUAAAACCAUCUCUGAUCAGCUUGAUGCUGGUAUUCGCUAUUUUGAUCUGCGGGUUGCUGGAAAGCCUGAAUCCAGCGAUUUCUUCUUCUAUCAUGGAUUGUACACAACGAUGACUGUGAAGGAGGCAAUGACAGAACUGGAGACAUGGUUAGGACAACACUCUAAGGAGGUCGUCAUCCUUGCUUUCUCACAUUUCAAGGAAAUGUCAGCUGAUCAACACACAAACCUGAUCAAGUUCCUCAAAGAGCACUUCAAAACCAAACUCUGUCCUAAGGCUAAAGUGCCUUCACUUAAGGACUGCUGGGAAAGUGGCUAUCAGGUUAUCCUCUCUUAUGACGACAGCAAUAUCGAGGAUCCUGAUUUGUGGCCUCGAAUCGGGUACUGGUGGGCUGAUAAUUCAGAUCCCAAGGAGGUCAUUUCAUUCCUCAAUAACAAGCAACAAACAGGCAGACCAGAGGGAUUGUUUGUUGCUGGUCUCAACCUGACUUUUGAUGCGAAUGACAUGCUCCAGUACCUCACAACAUCAUUGAAGGAGAAAACCAUGACAGCUUACCCUCUGUUGCUGGACUGGGUGAAGGAGCAACACCCGGGCUCGGACAAACAAAGCAUCAACAUCAUCGCUGGAGAUUUUGUUGGCCUGAACAGCUUUGCUCACGAUAUCAUUCAGCUCAACAAUGCCAAAACUAGUUAAUGAAGAUCUAGUGGACAGAGGUAGAUACUGUUACAUUUCGAGAAUGAAAGAAAUUAUAUAUUGUAGUCUGUUAAAUGGGCUUGCAAUAGAGUGCUGCAGAGAUGACAUGUUUUACAGGCCAAAAUAUGGAAAGUCAGCAUUUUUGUUUUGAAGUCAAGAGUAUUUUUUUAAUGCGUUUUGGGGCAAUCACCUGAGAUAAGGUGUUUAUCACAAGAGCAAGAUAUAUUCAUGCUUUAUUAAUAAAAUAAAUAAAUAAUACCAUCAGCAAA